AUGCUGACUCAGUAUGCUAUUGAAUACCGAUCGAGACCAGUUAUAAAGGGCCAAUCUUUGGCAGAUUUUUUGGUCGAGUGUACCUCUCGGGAAACACGACCUCCGGAGGUCGAAGAUCCUGAGGCGGCAUUGUGCUCGUUGGCCACCGAUGGGUCGAGUAGCAAGAAAGGAGCGGAUGGAGGAGUCGUGAUAACAAGCCCGGAGGGCUUCAAUGUUUACUAUGCCUUGAUGUAUCAGUUCAACCUGACAAACAAUGAAGCCGAGUAUGAAGCGUUUGUUAAUGGCUUGCAAUGCGCUCGAGAAUUGGGGGCUGAAUACAUCCGGGCACAAAUUGACUCUGCAUUGGUGGUCGGACAAGUCCUGGGCGAUUACGAGGUCAACGGAGAACGGCUACAAGCCUAUCGAGAUCUCGCCAUGGAGAAGCUCACUUUGUUCCGGGCGUAUACCGUCCGCCACGUUCCCCGAUUAGAUAAUGCCGAUGCAGACAUCUUAUCCAAGUUGGCACAGGAUGCCCCUGAACACAUGUCGAAGAUCGCUCGGAUUCUGAUGAUUCUAAGACACAGUAUUCACCGAUUGCCGGUCGCACCUAUCCAACCGGCCGAGAAAACUUGGAUUUCCGAUUUAAUGGAGUAUCUUCAACACGGUCGGUUACCGGAUGAUCCUCAGCGUGCCCGGAAGGCUAAGUUAAGAGCACCAAGAUUUCAAGUUCAAGAGGGUCGUUUAUAUAGGCGGUCGUAUGGAGGUCCAUUGAUGCGGUGUUUGACUUCCUUUGAAGCGGACCUAGUGAUGAACGAAUUGCAUUCGGGCAUGUGCUCGUCGCACCAGGGGGGCCGGUCACUUGCCCGACGCAUCAUGGUGAUCGGGUACUAUUGGCCGUCUAUUCAGUUGGAUUGUAAAAAGCUAGCCAGAGGGUGUGAGACGUACUAUUUCCCCAAAUGGAUCGAAGCCGAGCCCUUAGCCAUGAUCACUUCUCAACAGUGUGCCAAGUUUCUAUGGCGUAAUGUUAUUUCCCGGUUCGGUGUGCCCGUUCAUCUGAUCAGUGACAACGGCCGGCAGUUCAUAAGCCAAUAUUUUCAAAAUUUCUUGGCAACGAUCGGGACAACCUCAAUCCGAUCGGCUAUGGCUUACCCGCAGGGCAAUGGCCAAGUAGAAAACGCCAACCGAACUAUCUUGGAGGGCUUGAAGAAAAAGUUGCACUCGGCCGGUCGUAGCUGGGCUGAUGUGCUCCCGUAUGUGCUUUGGACAUACUGCACGACCCCUAGAGAGGCAACGUUGGAGACACCGUUUGCUUUAGUUUAUGGCGCUGAAGCACGGUUACCGAUCAAAGCAUGGAUCCUGACCACCAGAGAGCGAUCCUAUAAUGCGGAAGAGAAUGAACACUCUAUGGCCGUGGAUCUAGACGACGUUGAAGAAAAGAGGGAGAUCGCGACUCGGCGCAUGGCCGAGUAUCAGAAGAGGGUCAAGAGCACAAAGGACGUCAGGGUUCAUCCACGAUAUUUUCAAGUCGGAGAUUACGUGCUACGACGUCGAGAAACUAGCUACCCGGGCACUUACCGGUUAGAGACAACGACCGGAGAGUGA